CAUCACUUCAACACGUCCCAGCUCCCUCUGCCUUACAACUCUUUUUGUGCUUUUUUGAGAGGGAGACAUUUGUUGUGACUCCGCUGAACAUCACGGACAAUUAAUCUUUGGAGAGCAGAAUGCAAAAAAGAAAGACAUUCGGAUUUUCAAAAUUUGAGUGACUACUUUGGUGACGCAUUUCACACUAUACACCCACAGUUAUUUAAGACUACAUUUUUAGCUUGAAUGGCAUACAUGGAUUGUUCACAUUUGAAUUAAAAUAAAUUCAGACGCCACUCUAAAACUUUUCUGAACUUCGGCAACAGGUGCGUCCUAUGCUGUCUCUCCUGCGUAAAGGUGGUAUCUGAGCGUUAUCGCAGUGGUGGAUGGAGAAUGCUCAUUAAAACUUUUUUCCACACCGGAAUUGUUUUAAUUGGUAGUCGCUGAACAGGAUUAUGAGGAUACUACUUUGCUGCUAUCGUCCACAGAUGUUUCCGAAAUUGGACUGGGGUCUUCUGAGCGCGGUUUCUGCGUGGUGAUUUAGACUCAGCAUCGCUCUACUUACUCGUAACUGUCCACAAGGAAUCCAAAUGAUCCAGUUAUUAAUUGUGCUUCUAGCAUCGUCUCUCCAACAACAUGGCGUGGAAGCGGAAUCGAGUCACAUCAAUAAAUUUCACCAGUCCGCAGCUAAGGAACAGAACGGAGUACAGGAGUCCCAGCAUGAGAAGGUGAUCCAUGUGAAUGAGGAGGGAGAUGGAGAGCUUCACAGCCCCAACUUCCCCCACGUCUACCCGCGGAGCACCCAGCUGCUGUGGAGACUCGUCGCAGCCAAUGAGAACGCACGCAUUCAGCUCACCUUCGACCAGCGCUUCGGACUGGAGGACCCAGAGGAUGGAAUCUGCAAGUAUGACUAUGUUGAAGUGGAGGACCCGGUGUCGGGUGUGGUUCUGGGCCGCUGGUGUGGUCAGUCUGCGCCGGUUCCACAGGUCUCCUCCGGCAACCAGCUCCGCGUCCACUUCACUUCUGACGAGUACUUCCCCUCAGAGCCCGGUUUCACCAUCCGAUACAAACUACUGCCGCAGCAGUCGGAGUCCUCGUCCCCCGCGGCGGUCCCGGUGACGUCGGCGGCGCAGCAGCCGGUGGAGGUCCUGAGCGAGGCCGUGUCCCAGCUGCACACGGUGGAGGACGUGCUGCGCUACCUGGAGCCUGAGCGCUGGCAGCUGGACAUGGAGGACCUCUACAAGCCCACCUGGCACCUGCUGGGCAAGUCCUUCAUCCAGCCACGCAAGUCCAGAGGUGUAGUGGACCUGAACCUGCUCCGUGAGGAGGUGCGCCUGUACAGCUGUACGCCGCGUAACUUCUCGGUGUCGCUGCGUGAGGAGCUGCGGAGGACGGACGUCAUCUUCUGGCCCAGCUGUCUGCUGGUCCAGCGCUGCGGGGGUAACUGUGCCUGCUGUGCCCACCGGUGCCACGACUGCCAGUGCCAGCCCACACGAGUGGCAAAGAAGUACCACGAGGUACUGAUGAUGAGACACAGACCUGGUAGUCGUGGACUACAGAAGACCUUGACCGACGUCCCUCUGGAGCACCACGAGGAGUGCAACUGUGUGUGUAAGGAUGACUCCGACUGACCACGCUCCCUCAACCCCCUGUCCCAAAGACAUACACACCCCUUGUAAAAAGAAGAGAAAGGCCCUGAACCCAGGGAAAGGUCAUGAGUGGCCCUGCAUGGGACCUCCAGGGCAAACUGCCUCUCCGGUGGAAAAGACAUGAACCUCCCCCAGAACCCCCCACCCCAACAAAACCCCCCACACUGGACUAUUUCCCAGCCCCUCUUAUGGACAAGACUGGACGGUACUCCAUACCUCCACGUGUGGACUGGACGGUACUCCAUACCUCCAUGUUGCUACUUACUUCCACAAAUGGACUGGAUGUUACUCCAGAACUCAUUGUGUGGACUGGAUGUUAUUCUGUACUCCCAUGACGCCCCCCUGGCACAGGACAUAGUCUUCGAUGAUGCCGAGGACAGUGGGUUUAGCAGGAGUCUUGGAUGAUGCCGAGGACAGUGGGUUUAGCAGGAGUCUCCAGGAUCCGUGUCUACUUCGGUUCUGUCUGGACUCCCUGCUGCUGCGGUCGUUCAAGCAGGGAGCGUGUGUGUGUAUGUGUGUGUGUUUUAGCAGUCGUGGAGAUGGAGACACGUGGAGUGAAGAGGAGACCCCCCCCCGGGGGGUGGUGGAGUGUGUGUGUGUGUGUGUGUGUGGAGGGGGGUUGUUCUGGCCCAUUAGCUCCCGUGUGCUCUGGACAGAGACUGUCGUGCUGAGAGACUCACCACUGCUGGGCAGCCGCCGAGGUGACUGCAGAGGGACGCAUCUGGGGAAACUUCUUACUUUUAUUCUUUUCUUUCUUAUUUUUGGAAAACUUGUUUGUGACUGUUUGUCUAUGGCUGCAUCUCUCUGUAGUGCUCCUUGGUAACAUCAGAUAAGUCAAGUCACUUGGAUGGAUUGCGAAGAGUGACAUUUUUAUUUUAUUUUGGGAGGCUGUGUGCGUAUGUGUAUGUGACUGUGUGUGUGUGUGUUUGUCAUUCAUUUUCCCAGUGGGAUAUUAUCAUGUCUAUAAAAGAAUGGAUCACUCCAGCA